AUGUUAGUUCCCUUCUUAGUCUCGGUUUUGGCUGCGUUUGUGGCUUACGUGAGAUGGGGACUGGGGAUAUCUGAGGAGCCUUCGAUUGCCCAGAUUGAGGCCCUACGAACAUACGUUGCCGACCUGUUCGCUGUGAAGCAGCCAAUAAGGAUCAGAUUCCACGAUACUGGCUUCAGAUUCCCUGACCUUGUGCUUGCUACCCAACGCCAGCUAGAUUACCAGUUAGCAAAGUUGGGAAUUCCAUAUAGAUAUCCAUUGAUAGAUGAGCUCCCGAAGCACAUUCCACGGCUUGGUUUUAACAAGACAUCCACUCAGAGCACAAGAGUGUUUACACUAACUGAUGGGGCAAUUUCCGCCACAGAUGCGGUUGAAGAUGCCGAAGAGAUGGACAUUUCGGUGACUCCGCCCCCAGACUUUUCAUUAGACAUGGCAUUAGGAGGCAAUGUGGGAGUGUGGCUAGAUCUGGUCAGGUUCCGAGCCAUGAUGACGUAUAAUCUUGAAUCUGUACAUGCCAAUGAUCUUCCUUUCUACUUGGCUCAAACAAUACUUGACCACUUGUGCGAGGUUGACGUCAAAUUGUAUGAUAUGCGCCACAACAUAAGCUUUGACGACUAUGUUCCAAAACUAACUGUAAAUAUAGUUGCUGCAGAGGACGGUGCUUUAAAAGAGUCUACGGUCGUCGAAGACGCUAUUGAAGAGCUGUUAUUGAAGCAUCUGGAAGUCAUUAAACCCUUUGUCAAUGUCACACCCCGUCUUUACACAAUAGACGUGACAAAGAAUAGAAUUCCCAGAACGAUAAUGAAGAAUACUACAGAUCAGAUUACAUUCGUUUUCCUGACAACUUUGAAAGGAUUCUUAAACCAAGUCGAUGGAGCCUCUGUGUACCACUUGUUACCAGACAAGCCCAAGACAAACUUGGGAGAUGCCUAUGGGACUGAAUACAUUGAAGCACAAAAGCUCAACGAAAGUCCGCGUAUAAACAUCACCAACUUUUUAUUCUCCGUUUUUGGUGAGAUAGAAGAGCGAACAGGUCUCAGAGAGAAAUGUUCCAACAAACACCUCGAGGUCUUUUUCACAACUAAGCUUCUUACUAUCAAAGGAAUCGAAAAAGCUUUGAAGCUCAUAAAAAAUGAUCCCAACGAAGCCAACUUGCUGACUUUUUGGGAGGUUUGCAAGCUAGUUGACCUAAUAUUAAGCGAACGCGAGCACAACUGGAGUAGCCACCUAAAGCAUAUUCAUGAAAUAAUUAAAAAGGUGACAGGCACUAAAUAG